GACUCGUCAUUAUCGCAUAUCGUCAAAGCACAACGUCUUCAUUUGAUCAGUUUUACAUCCUACAAUAAGAUCUCGUAAUCAUGACUAACACUUAUUCAUGUGUGCAAAUUUCAACACUGAGAAAGUUAAAUAUUGAUUCAGUCGAGUGAUUCAGUGAUUUGAUCACCAUAUUUAUUAUAUUCUAAAUUUCACACGUUGUCUUCAAUGUUUCUAUUCCCAGGUUCAGUGUUGGGUUCGUUAGAAAUCCUCGGCAAUCCAGCUGGUUUGUUACGCAAUAUUGGUAGUGGUGUUGCCGAUUUCUUUCGACUACCAUAUGAAGGUAUAAUACGAGGACCCAGUGCUUUCGUGACUGGUGUGACGAGUGGUACAUCAUCGUUAGUGAAGCAUGUCUCCACGGGUACUAUCACCUCGAUUACUAACUUUGCAAGCAGUGUUGCUAGAAAUAUGGACAGACUAUCCCUGGAUCCAGAUCACUUGAUGCGACAAGAAGAACACCGGAAGCAAAUUCCAGAGAGGAUAAGUGAAGGAUUAAAACAAGGAUUAAGCGGAUUUGGAAUUAGUCUUCUUGGUGCUGUGGCUGGUGUAGUGGAUCAACCAAUACAGAGCUGGACAAAGUCAUCCUUACCUACCACACGGACACAGAAAGCUACAGGAGUCCUGUCUGGUGUUGGCAAAGGGUUGGUUGGUGCUGUUGUCAAGCCUAUUGGUGGUGCUGCUGAGUUUGUGUCUCAAACUGGACAAGGUAUACUACAUGGUGCUGGUUUGGUUGGAAUACCCAAAGCAAGAUUUAUGCCAUGCUCAGAACAAGCUGCUAUGGCAACGAACGGAUAUGUCAAAUAUGUCUGGAAAAUGUUACAAACACUGCCAAGUGCCGCCAUCUUGAUGCAUCUCGACAUCACCAUAGUAACCUACCAUGGACUACAUCAUAGUGGAUGUCUGCUGUUGACACCAGAUGUGUUGUUUAUAGUGAGUACAAGCGAAGAUACGCAACAACAAGCGUACCCGUUAACUGAGAUUACAUGCUAUAAGCAGAGUACUGAUAGCGGUAUAUUGUGUAUCGCGUUGAAACAAGCAAUAACACCGUGCACAGCUGAAAAAGAAGAGACAUCUAACAGAGUUGCUGAUUUUGUAGAUGCUACUUCCGGCCAUGCUGGCCGUGAUGUUAUUCCACAGCCGUCACAGAGCUCAGACACAACGUCUGAGCAGUCGCCUCCAUCCGGGACUGACCAAGUAACAAUAAAGUCUUACAAAUAUCUUGUUGAUCCAAGGUUUCGGGACACUUUCAUUUCACUGUUCAAUCAAGCUAAGAGAAAGCUUGAGGGAAAAGGAUUCAAUGUGGAUGAGACUGGAAAAACCACAUUUAGUAAAUUCCAUCUUUGGCAUACAAAGACAAAGAAAAAACUUGAUGACAUUGAUUCUAUGUAA